AUGUCAAUGGGUUUUGACUUACUCUCUAAGGUGAAGUUACUACCUGUCAUUAUACAGUUAAACUCACCUGUACGCACCUGUUAUCUACUGCUCACAGGUGUGUUAACUUACAUAGGAAUCAAGCAAAUCUACAGUAUAUUGACAGUUAAACCUUGUGGUAAGUUGGCAAAGGUACACAAGCCUAAGAGGACCAACUGUAUUGAUUGUAUGGCAGGCCAGGAGCUACAUCACAUGGGUACAGAGCAUACUAGAGAGGAGGACAAGUCAAUGGACGACACCAUGAAUGAUGUCAUUGAUUUCACUAAGAAGGAUGAAUUCAGCGACAUUACACUGAUUGUCGAAGAUCAAAAAUUACAUGUCCACAAAUCCUACUUAGCCCAAUGGUCGCCCGUAUUCAAGAAAAUGUUUGUGAAUGACCAGAAGUCAAAGGAGAUUAGUCUAAAUGGCAAGAAACGAGUUGAAGUCCUUGAGUUGCUGCAUUGCAUAUAUCCAACACAAAACAUAAUCUCAGAGUCAAAUGUUCGAUUCCUCCUUCCAUUAGCUGAUGAAUAUCAAAUAAAGAAAAUUACACAACGCUGCGAAGAUUUCCUUUUGGCGACUACCUUAACAGUCGAGGGACUCCUAUUGGCUCAACAAUACAAACUAAAAAAUCUGCGAAAAGCUUGCAUCAAUCAACUUCGUAAAAAUACCUUAAGUGAUUUAAAAACGGACAAACUUUAUCCUCAAUUAAAGAUGGAAACUAGAAUCAUGAUUUUGGAGGAGCGAUGCACACUGUUAGAAUCAACGAUGUUGACAAUUGAUGACGUUUGUUCAUCCAGGGAUGAUUCUGCGCGGUGUAAAGAUCACGAAGCUGAGGAUGAUAAAGUAAACUGGCAAUGUACAAAAUGUGCCCGAAUUAUGACAGAAAAGACACAAAGCAUGUGCAGCGGAGUUAUUCACACAAUGGUUCAAAAACGAAAAAAAGAAUAUGAAGCAAAUACUAAAGAACCUGAAUAUUAGAAUUUUAUCUGUAGAAAUGAAUCUUAUAAACAUUCCAGCUCAUUAAUUAGUUCUUAUUCAUUUUAGGAAAGUUCUGUCCUUGAUGAUUCUUAUACUGAUAUUUUCAUUUGAUGAGAGGAUGAAUUAUAACAGCAAGUUAAUUGUAUGUUGACUCUAAUGUUUUCUAUGAUUAAAGGGUUACGAUAAGUUUCCUGUACAAAAACAAUAUGGUGGCUCCAGGCGAGUCAAAUGGAUUAGUCCAUUUUUAUGAGAUAAGG